UACAUCAAUGUAUAUGUUUGCGUACACAUGUCCAUGUACAUAUGCAAGUGCUUUCCCUGUCUUUUAUGCACACACCCUUGUGGACACUCACCCCACAUAUCUGGACACCUCGCUGUCAUUUCUGUGAGAUGUACAUAAAUGAAGUAUUGCUACAUCUUGAAAGUUGAAAAACCGAGUCCUCAGGCUGCUGAAGUGCAAGAAGUCAACAAGAGAGGGGGACUGUGACAGAGCCAGGAGAGAGACCAGAGCAUAUGGACCCUUCAAACCUCCCAGCCGCAGGCUCAUCCUCCCCGCAAAACAAAGAGCUAAAUUAACCACGAUUAAUUCAGCACGUUUCAGUGCAAGCCCUCACUCCGUCCCCGCGAACAGCGGCUCCAACCCGCGCGGCGAGGGAGCGGAAAAGGCGCUCCUCACUUUUCGGGGGGUCCUGCCUUUCCGCUCCCCUUCGCUUCUGCUCGGCGCGUUUCCAGUGACCGCCACCCUCCCCGCUGUCGGGCUGUCCCCUGCCAGCCGUGUGGGACCCAUCGGGGCGGGACGGGGCUGCGGGAGGCGGGGAGGGACGCGGGGGGAGAACGCUUCCGAAAGGCGAGGAGGGGAAAACGGAGAGAGGGGCGUGCGAGGGGCAGCGCCUCAGCCGCGGGGGAUUAAAGGGCGCGGAUACCUGCGGGGGCCGGCGGGGAGGCCGGCAGGGAGACAGAGAGGCAAGCAGGCAGAGAGGCAGGCCGGACGCCCCUCCGAGUAGAGAGGAGGUGGGGCGUCAGGGGACGACCAGCAGCUCUUCUCCCGCGGCUGCCGGCGUCUCCCCGCGCCCGCCGCCACGCCAUGUGGCCCCUGGUGGCUCUCUGCUGCUGGGGGGGACUGUCGCUGUCCCUGUCGCCGUCGGCGCCGCAGGGCCGGCCGGGCGGCCAGCCGGGCGCCCUCCUCCGCGCCCCAACUUUCGCGUCGCCUUCCCUGGAGGCGCCGGCGCUUCCCGACACGACGGAGAGCAAAGUGGAGAAGCUGGGGCGCGCCUUCAAGCGCCAGGUGCGGCGUCUGCGGGCGCGCAGCGGACGGCUGGAGCUGGUGUUCCUGGUGGACGAGUCGUCCAGCGUGGGUCCGGCCAACUUCCUCAGCGAGCUGCGCUUCGUCAAGAAGCUGCUCUCCGACUUCCCCGUGGUGCCCGCGGCCACGCGCGUCGCCAUCGUCACCUUCUCCUCGCGCAGCAACGUGGUGCCACGCGUGGACUACAUCUCGCGGCGGCGGCCGCAGCAGCACAAGUGCGCCCUGCUGGGACGAGAGAUCCCCGCCAUCGCCUACCGCGGCGGCGGCACCUACACCAAGGGCGCCUUCCAGCAGGCGGCGCAAAUAUUACGGCAUGCCCGUGGAAAUGCUACGAAAGUGAUAUUUCUCAUUACUGAUGGCUAUUCCAAUGGGGGAGACCCGAGACCCAUUGCAGCAUCCUUGCGUGAACUUGGAGUGGAGAUCUUCACCUUUGGGAUAUGGCAGGGGAACAUCCGAGAGCUGAAUGAUAUGGCAUCCCACCCAAAAGAAGAUCACUGUUACCUUCUUCACAGUUUUACAGAGUUUGAGGCUCUGGCACGCAGAGCCCUUCAUGAAGACCUGCCGUCUGGUAGCUAUAUCCAAGAAGAUAUAUCGCAUUGUUCAUACCUGUGCGAGGCAAACGAAAACUGCUGUGACAUCAUGGCAAGCUGUAAAUGUGGCACCCACACUGGCCAGUUCGAGUGUAUCUGUGAAAAAGGGUACUACGGGAAAGGACUACAGCAUGAGUGUACAGCUUGUCCACCAGGAACGUACAAGCCUGAAGGUUCACCAGGUGGAAUCAGCACUUGCAUCUCAUGUCCUGAUGAGAAUCAUACUUCUCCACCAGGAAGUACAUCCCUUGAGGAUUGCACAUGCCAGGAGGGAUAUCGUGCUGUAGGACAAACCUGUGAAGUUGUUCACUGCCCUGAACUGAAGCCCCCAGAAAAUGGUCACUUUGUCCAGAAUGUCUGCAACAAUUACUUUAAUGCUGCCUGUGGAAUCCGAUGCAAAGCAGGAUUUGAUCUCGUGGGAAGCAGCAUUCGGCUUUGUCAACCAAAUGGGCAGUGGUCUGGAUCAGAAGCUACUUGCAGAGUUCGAACAUGUCCCAGACUUCAGUCUCCUCAAAAUGGACACAUUAAUUGUUCAACAGCUGAUAUUUCCUAUAAGACAGUAUGUUUUGUGACCUGCAAUGAGGGCUAUGAAAUUGAAGGAAACAGCAAACUCACCUGCCAGGGAACCUCUCAGUGGGAUUCAAAGGAACCAAAGUGUGUGGAAAAGCGUUGUCCCAUCCUCCAGAAACCAGCAGGUGUGACAGUUCUCCCUCCCACAUGUGGGCUGGAGCCCACCAUUUCUGGGACUGUGUGCCAGCUGAGCUGUCCCCAGGGAUUCAUCCUGUCUGGAGCUAGAGAAGAAAUAAGGUGCAUUUCAUUUGGGAGAUGGAGUGCAAACAUCCAGGAAGCUCUGUGUAAAGAUAUUGAAGCGCCUCGGAUUCACUGCCCGGACAAUAUUGAGACUGUGACUCUGGAACACCAUAACUCUGCUAAUAUCAGCUGGCAGGUACCAACAGCUGAGGAUAACUCUGGUGAAGAGGUCUCAGUUCAUGUUACCCCUGCUUACAUACCACCAUUUCUUCUCCCAAUUGGCGAAGUUGACAUUACUUACACAGCAACUGAUAAGUCAGGCAAUGAAGCAAGGUGCACAUUCAAUAUCAAGGUUAUUGACACAGAACCUCCUGUAGUUGACAGAUGCAGAUCUCCACCACCCAUGCAAGCAGCAGAGAAUGACUACCCAGCAACAUGGGAAGAACCAGAAUUUUCAGACAAUUCAGGCGGUCCACUGACUGUCACUAGGAGUCAUGCACCUGGAGAUCUCUUUCCCAAAGGAGAGACAACAGUCCAGUACACAGCUGUAGAUCCUUCUGGCAAUAACAGGACAUGUGAGAUCCACAUUGUCAUCAAAGGUUCUCCCUGUGAAGUUUCCUUUGAGCCUGUGAAUGGUGAUUUUAUAUGCACAUCAGAUGAAGCAGGAGUUAAUUGCUCAUUGCACUGUGCAGAGGGUUACAGCUUUGCAGAAGGAUCAAGUGAAAACUACUAUUGUGCAUAUGAUGAUGGUCUCUGGAAGCCACCUUAUUCUCCAGAGUGGCCUAGCUGCUCUUUAAAUCGUUUUGCAAACCAUGGAUUCAAAUCCUUUGAAAUGCUCUACAAAGCAACGCGAUGUGAUGACAACAGUCUCCUAAACAGCUUUACUGAUGCAUUUCAGAGUGCACUUGGUAAAAUGGUCCCAUCAUUCUGUAAUGAUGUCGAUGAUAUUGACUGCAGAUUGGAAGAUCAGACACAGAAGCACUGCUUGGAAUAUAAUUAUGAUUAUGAAAAUGGAUUUGCCAUUGGACCUGCUGGCUGGGGAACAGCAAACCACCUGGAUUAUUCCUAUGGUGAUUUUGUUGAUGCAGUAGAAGGAGAAGACUUAUCCAAGCAUCUCUCUGCCUCUGUAAAGGCAGCACCUGCUCGGGUCAAAAGACAUAAGCUGAAUGUUCCGAUGACUGACCAAAAAAUCAAGUUAAUAUUUAACAUCACAGCUAGCGUGCCACUGCCUGAUGAAAGGAAUGAUACAUUGGAACUGGAAAACCAGAGACGGCUCCUUAAAACUCUGGAAAUGAUCACAAACAGGCUGAAUAGAACUCUUAAUAAGGAACCCAUGUAUUCUUUUCAGUUUGCAUCUGAACUCAUUGUAGCUGACACCAACUCACUGGAGACUGAGAAGGCCUUUCUCUUCUGCAGGCCUGGUUCUGUGCUGAGAGGGAGAAUGUGUGUCAACUGCCCUUUGGGUACCUAUUACUCCCUGGAGCAUCUUACCUGUGAAAGCUGCUGGACUGGAUCCUAUCAAGAUGAGGAAGGGCAGCUGGAAUGCAAAAGCUGUCCAUCUGGCAGCUAUACUGAGUAUCUACACUCUAGAAGCAUCUCUGAGUGCAAAGCUCAGUGCAGGCAGGGAACAUAUUCACCUAAUGGUCUUGAGACAUGUGAAACAUGUCCACUUGGAACAUACCAGCCAUCAUUUGGAUCCAGGAAUUGCAUCUCUUGUCCAGAAAAUACAUCAACAGUAAAAAGAGGUGCAGUGGAUGUCUCAGCUUGUGGAGUACCAUGUCUUGCAGGCGAGUUCUCUCGCACAGGUUUGGCACCCUGCUACCCUUGUCCCAGAGACUACUAUCAACCAGACCCAGGGAAGUCCUACUGCUUGUCUUGUCCCUUCUAUGGAACAACAACUGUUAUCGGUGCCAGAUCCAUCACAGACUGUUCAAGUUUUGGCUCUACUUUUUCAGCAGCUGAAGAAAGUAUUAUGAUGGUACCAGCCUUCCCGGAAAAUAUCAGCAAGCGGUACAAAGUCAGCAGCCAGGUCUUUCAUGAGUGUUUUCUGGAACCAUGCCACAAUAAUGGGACAUGCAAGCAAUUGGGAAGUGGAUAUAUUUGCAUAUGCCCGCUUGGAUAUACAGGCUUGAAAUGUGAAACACAAGUUGAUGAGUGUAAAUCAUCUCCUUGUCAAAACAAUGGGAUAUGCAAAGAUGGCAUUGGGACCUUUGUUUGCCACUGUCAACCAGGCUAUUCAGGUCUCUUGUGCGAGGAAGACAUAAAUGAAUGUAGCUCCAGUCCAUGUUUGAAUGGAGCCCACUGUGUUGAUGGCAAGAAUGGCUACCACUGCACGUGUGCAAAAGGGUUCACAGGUGAUCACUGUGAAAGGGAGAUGAAUGAAUGCCUUUCAAACCCAUGUCUUAAUAGGGCUGUUUGUGAAGAUCGAGUUGGAAGUUUCUCCUGCAAAUGUCUCCCAGGUUUUACUGGUGUCUUGUGUGAAAGAAACAUUGAUGAGUGUCUCAGCAGACCCUGUAGGAAUGGAGCUACAUGCAGAGAUGGUAUCAACAGCUUCAGGUGUCUGUGUGUGACAGGGUACACAGGACUGAACUGUGAAGUGAACAUCAAUGACUGUGACUCCAGUCCCUGCUUAAACCAAGCCACCUGUGUGGAUGCCUUGAACUCGUACGUUUGUAAAUGUCCCCCUGGCUUUACAGGCAGCAGGUGUGAAACAGAACAGUCCUCUGGUUUCAAUCUUGAUUUUGAAGUCUCUGGUAUCUAUGGAUACGUCAUGCUUGAUGGUGUUUUACCAUCUCUUGGUGACAUCACCUGUACAUUCUGGAUGAGAUCCACUGAUACCACAAACUACGGGACUCCCAUUUCUUAUGCAGUAGAGAAUGGAAGUGAUAAUGCAUUUCUUCUGACUGAUUACAAUGGCUGGGUGCUUUAUGUGAAUGGGAAGGAGAAGAUAACAGACUGUCCCUCAGUGAACGAUGGUAACUGGCAUCACAUCGCCGUGACAUGGACGUGCACAGAUGGGGCAUGGAAGGUGUACAUCGACGGAAAACUGUCCGAUGGAGGCAGCGGGCUUUCUGUUGGAUCAAAAAUCCCUGGUGGUGGUGCACUUGUGCUGGGUCAAGAGCAAGAUCAAAAAGGAGAAGGAUUCAACCCAGCUGAAUCUUUUGUGGGCUCCAUCAGCCAGCUUAACAUUUGGGAUCAUGUACUUUCUCCACAGCAGGUAGAAUCUCUGGCUACAUCCUGUCCAGAAGAACUGCAAAAAGGAAAUGUACUAGCCUGGCCAGAUUUCCUGCCAGGAGUUGUUGGAAGAGUGAAGAUAGAUUACAAGAGUAUAUUUUGUGCUGAUUGUCCAUCUUUGCAAGGAUCCAUACCUCAUCUGAGGGCCUCUUCUGCUGAUGUAAAGCCAGGGUCAAAAGUGAGCCUUUCCUGUGACCCAGGAUUCCAGAUAGUGGGAAACUCUGUUCAACACUGCCUUAACCUGGGACAGUGGACCCGGCCUUUUCCCCGCUGUGAAAGAAUCAGCUGUGGAGUGCCUCCAACUUUAGAAAAUGGAUUUUAUUCAGCUGAGGACUUUUUUGCUGGCAGUACUGUUACCUAUCACUGUAACAGUGGCUACUAUUUGUUGGGUGACUCCAGGAUGCUCUGCCUGGACAAUGGAAGCUGGAACAGCAUUUCCCCAUCUUGCCUUGAUGUUGAUGAAUGCGCUGUUGGAUCAGACUGUGAUGGGCACGCAUCUUGUCUCAAUACAAAUGGAUCCUAUGUUUGCACUUGCAUCCCUCCUUACACAGGAGAUGGUAAAAAAUGUGCAGAACCCGUGAAAUGCCAUAAUCCGGGAAAUCCAGAGCAUGGCCAUGUAUAUGGGGAUACUUACAGUGUUGGCAGUCAAGUAACAUUUUCCUGCGAAGAAGGGUUCCAGCUGACAGGAGAAAUGAAACUUACUUGCAUGGAGUCCGGAGAGUGGAGCCACCCAAUGCCCUACUGUGAAGCUAUAUCCUGUGGUGCUCCAGUUAUUCCAGAGAACAGUGCCAUUUUUGGCUCAAAUUUUACAUACCAUAAUAAGGUGGUGUACAGAUGCAAUGAUGGAUACAACUUAGUGGGUGAAAAGGAAAUUCUGUGCCUUGCUAGUGGCAUUUGGAAUCAUGGUCCUCCCUCCUGUGAAAUGGUGACAUGCCCUAGCCCACAGGACAUCAGCAAUGGAAAAUACACACUCAGUGGCACAGCCUACCUUUCUUCUGUAUCAUACAGCUGUGACAAUGGAUAUAGCCUUCAGGGACCUUCUGUACUCAUCUGUGCAUCUUCAGGGAACUGGAACAGCACACCACCAGCUUGCAACGUUGUGUCUUGUGGAUCCCCUCCUGCCAUCAAAGAUGCACUCAUCAGUGGAGAUAACUUUACUUUUGGAAACACAGUCUCUUACACGUGUAAGGAAGGUUACACAUUAGUUGGCCCUGAAACCAUAGAGUGCUUAGCCAGCGGCAAGUGGAGUGUGAGCCACCAGCAGUGCCUGGCAGUGUCCUGUGAUGAGCCACCCCAUGUGGAAAAUGCAUCACCAGAGAGUGGCCACCGCCUCUUUGGUGAUAUAGCUUAUUACUUCUGCUUGGAUGGUUACAGCCUGGCUGAUAACUCUCAGCUGCUUUGCAAUGCAAAAGGGAAGUGGGUGCCUCCAGAGGGCAGGGACAUGCCCCACUGCAUAGCUGAUUUCUGUGAAAAGCCAUCCACCGUCUCAUACAGCAUCCUGGAGUCCAUUAGUAAAGCCAAGUUUGCAGCUGGCUCUGUCGUGAGCUUCAAGUGCAUGGAAGGCUUUGUUCUGAACACUUCGGCCAAGAUCGAAUGCCUUCGAGGGGGCCAGUGGAAUCCUUCUCCUCUGAGCAUCCAGUGCAUCCCUGUUCGCUGCGGAGAGCCUCCCCACAUUAGCAAUGGCUAUGCCAGUGGGUCCAACUACAGCUUUGGAGCAGUGGUGGCUUACAGCUGCAACAAGGGCUUCUACAUCAAGGGAGAGAAGAAGCGGACCUGUGAGGCCACUGGCAACUGGAGUGGCAGUCUGCCCACAUGCCACCCAGUGUCCUGUGGAGAACCACCACAGCUUGAGAAUGGCUUUAUUAAGGAAACCACCGGACACUUCUUUGAAAAUCAGGCAAAUUAUCAGUGUGACUCUGGUUACCAGAUGGUCGGGAGCCCAGUGUUUACCUGCCAAGCAAAUCGGCAAUGGUACAGUGAAUCACCUCCUUACUGUGCUCCCCUCAGCUGUGGAAAACCACCAUCCAUCCAGCAUGGCUUCUCCAAAGGAGAAACUUUUGAUAUGGGCUCCAAAGUUGAGUUCUUCUGUGAUGAAGGCUAUGAGCUGAUUGGAGAUGUUUCAUGGACCUGCCAAAAGUCUGGGAAAUGGAGCAAAAAGCAAAGCCCCAAAUGUGUGCCAACAAAAUGUCCAGAGCCACCCCUGGCAGAAAAUCAGCUGGUCUUGAGAGAAGUGUCUUACCAAGUCGGUGUUGUACAGUUCUCCUGCAAGGAGGGUUAUGUUUUGCAUGGCUCCUCUGUACUGAAAUGCUUGCCCUCCCAGCAGUGGAAUGAUUCCUUUCCCUUCUGCAAGGUUGUACAGUGUUCUGCACCUCCCUAUAUCCCCUUUGGGGACCCCUUGAGUUCAUCCCUUCAUUUUGGCAGCACUGUGAAAUACAUCUGCGUGGAUGGGUUUCUGCUGAAGGGUGAGCCCACCAUCAGAUGCCAGGCUGAUGGUUCAUGGAGCUUGCCUUUGCCAGAAUGUAUUCCCGUGGAGUGUCCUCAACCAGAAGAAAUUCAGAAUGGCAUAGUGGAUGUGCAGGGCCUCACCUUCCUCAGCACAGCCCUCUAUACAUGUAAACCAGGUUUCGAACUGCUAGGGAACACAACUGUCCUCUGUGGAGAAGAUGGACAGUGGCUUGGGGGAAGGCCGGUUUGCAAACCUAUUCAGUGCCCAAGGCCUAAGAAGAUCCCCAAUGGCAAAUACUCAUUCACAAGUUUCCAUUAUGGGCAGACAGUCAGGUAUUUCUGUGACAGAGGCUUCCAGCUCCAAGGGGAGGAAACACUGAGGUGCCUGGAAACUGGAGAGUGGAGUACAGAGGUUCCCUCUUGCAAGGCCAUAAAUUGCCAGCCUCCUCAGCCCAUUGAGAAUGGCUUUGUGGAGGGUGCAGAUUAUAGCUACGGGGCCAUGGUCAUUUACAGCUGUGUGCCAGGCUUCCAGCUGUCAGGCCUUGCCAUGCAGACCUGUGAGGAAUCGGGGUGGUCUAGCUCCACACCAACCUGCCUUCCGACAGACUGUGGCCUGCCUCCUCACAUUGACUUCGGAGAGUACCUGCAGCUGGGACAUGGGGAAAGGCGUUCUGACCAGGAGGGUGUUACGGAGAAUCCCUCCCUUUCACAUAUGUUGCUGGCUGACAACAUGAAAGACUUCAAAAGUUCCUUGAAGGAGGACAGUGCAAUGCAGCUCACCACUUUCUUAUUUGGAACUGUCAUCUUAUACACCUGUUACUCCGGCUACGAGCUGCUGGGAAACCCUCUUCUAGCUUGCCAAGAAGACGGGGCUUGGAACGGCACUGCCCCUGCCUGUGUUUCGAUAGAGUGCACCUUGCCAUCCCCCCCAGAGAACGGGUUUUUGCACGUCACAGAGAACACGCUCGGGAGCGCAGUGCGGUACACCUGCAGGCCAGGAUUCACUCUGGUUGGCUCUGACACACGGCUGUGUUUGCCGAGUCGGCAGUGGAGUCACACUGCUCCUUACUGCAAAGCAAUAAUGUGCAAUUCACCCACCCGCCUUUUGAAUGGGAAGAUAAGAGGGGAAAACUACACGUAUGGGAGUGUUGUCCACUAUGAGUGUGAUCCUGGUUACCAGUUAAAUGGCCCCUCAGAGAGGAGAUGCCAAGAGAGCCAGAAAUGGGAUGGCAGUGAGCCAAUCUGCAUUCCUGUGUCCUGCAGCCCACCACCAGUUUUGGAGAACGGUCAGGUAACUGGAGAGGACUACACGUUCCAGAGACAGACAGAGUACAGCUGCAACGAGGGUUUCCUGUUAGAUGGGGAUCAGAGUAGAGUCUGCCUUGCAAAUGGAAGCUGGAGUGGAAUCACUCCAGUCUGCAAAGCUGUGACCUGUCCUGUGCCACUGCCUCUUCCCAAUGGGAGAACUACUGGCUCAGAUUUCAGCUUUAAUAAAGAAGUGCACUAUCACUGCAAUGACGGUUAUAGCCUGCAAGGACCAUCCACGCUUACCUGUCAGAGUGAUGGUACCUGGGACUCAGAAGCUCCACACUGUGAGCCAGUCUUUUGUGGACCCCCUGAAGACAUCUCCCAUGGCUUUCUGAAUGGCUCAGCCUUUACUUACGGGGAAUUUGUCCAAUACAUAUGCUUCCGUGGUUAUGAGCUGCAUGGCAAUCCCUUACGGCAAUGCCUGUCCAAUGGCUCCUGGAGUGGAAGGCUUCCGUCUUGCCUACCAUGUCUGUGUCCUACACCACAGAUUCAGAAUGGAGUCGUUCUUGGUACAGAUUUCAACUGUGGGAUAAGUGUCCAGUUUCAAUGCCUGGAGGGUUUCAAACUGCUGGGGCCUUCUGAGGUCACCUGUGAGGCAGCUGGCAAAUGGAGUUCUGGGUUUCCUCGCUGCGGACAGGUUUCCUGUGGUGCUCCACCCAUCAUCCCAAACACAUUUAUCAAUGGGAGCAGCUCUGAAGAUGAGAACACAAUCAUCUAUACCUGCUUGACAGGUUUUGUCAUGAAGGGAGCUCCAGAACUGACUUGUGUGGAGACUGGUGUGUGGAAGAAGCCAUACCCGAGCUGUGAGCUCUUAAGCUGUGGCCCACCACCAUCUGUCCCAAAUGCAGAGGUUCUUGGGAACACUUACACCUAUGGAAGUAAGGUCCAGUACAGAUGUCUGGAAGGCUACACAAUGGCAACAGAAGUGGAUGUAUGCACUUGCAAGGAAGAUGGACAAUGGUCCCCUCAAAGUAUUUCCUGUUGCCCCAGAAAGUGUCCCCUUCCAGGAAAUAUCACUAAUGUAAUCGCACUUGGGAACAACUUCACUGUGAACACAAGCAUCACUUUGUCAUGUGUAGAGGGCUACACUCUGGUGGGAGCAAGCACAUCUACAUGCAAGGAAAAUGGUGUUUGGAUGCCACCAUUUUCUGAUGACAUCUGCAGUCCUGUGUCCUGUGGAACUCCAGAAUCUCCAGAGCAUGGAUUUGUGGUUGGCACUAAAUACAAUUACAAAGAUGUGUCUCUUUAUAAAUGUGACUCUGGCUAUGAAUUACAAGGUGAUGCAGAACGGACUUGCCAAGAAGACAAGCUUUGGAGUGGUACUGUGCCAGUGUGCAGAAGAAUAUCAUGUGGACCCCCAGACAUGAUAGAAAAUGGAUCUGUUCAGGGAGAGGAGUUCCUGUUUGGCAGUGAAGUUUUUUACAGCUGUGACCCUGGCUUUGAGCUACAGGGGCCAAGCAGAAGGAUUUGCCACGUUGACAAAAAGUGGAGCCCUUCCGCCCCUACAUGCAUGCAAAUUACUUGUGGAUUGCAUCCCUCCGUUGAAAAAGCAGAGGCCAUUUCUACUGGAAGCACAUACAGAAGUAAUGUAACCUUUGUGUGCAGCUCUGGAUACCAUCUUGUUGGGCCCCAGAAUAUCACGUGUCUUGCCAAUGGGAGCUGGAGUAAACCCUUGCCAUUGUGUGAAGAGACCAGAUGCAAAAUUCCAGUUUCCUUGCUGAAUGGGAAAGCAGUUUAUGAAAACAAUACGGUUGGCAGUACAGUAACAUAUCUCUGUGAGAAGGGAUUCAGCUUGGAAGGAGAACCAGCAGCAGAGUGCACAAGAGAUGGAAGAUGGAGUAAUCCCUUGCCUCUCUGUAAACCAAACCCUUGUCCUGUACCUUUCAUAAUCCCAGAGAAUGCCAUUCUGUCGGAGGUGGAUUUUCAUGUUGGCCAGAAUGUAUCCAUCAGGUGCAGGGAAGGCUACCAGCUGAAAGGGCAGUCUGUGAUCACCUGUAAUGCUGAUGAGACCUGGACUCCAGCCACAGCUAAGUGUGAGAAGAUAUCCUGCGGUCCCCCAGCUCCUGUGGAGAAUGCUCUGAUUCGUGGUAGCUUCUAUCAGUAUGGAGACAUGAUCACCUAUUCGUGCUACAGUGGGUACGUGCUGGAGGGGCCCCUGCGGAGCAUUUGUUUGGAAAAUGGAACAUGGACAACACCACCUACCUGCAAAGCUGUCUGUCGGUUCCCAUGCCAGAACGGUGGCAUCUGCGAGCGACCGAACGCCUGCUCGUGUCCAGAUGGCUGGAUGGGCCGUCUCUGCGAAGAGCCAAUAUGCAUUCUGCCAUGUCUCAACGGAGGUCGCUGUGUGGCCCCUUACCAGUGUGACUGCCCCCUCGGAUGGACUGGAUCACGCUGCCAUAUGGCUGUUUGCCAGUUGCCUUGCUUAAAUGGUGGGAAGUGCAUACGACCAAAUCGGUGUUACUGCCCCUCUUCCUGGACUGGACCUGACUGCUCCAGGAAACGGAAGGCUGGAUUCUAUCCCUUUUAACAUCAGAGCAGCAAUUCUACAUUCAGAUAUCUUUCUUCAGCCUAGUCACCAGGUCUUGGAUUCUAAUGCAUUGUAAAUCAAAUCUAUUGUUUCCCUUACCCCACCCCUCCCCAGCAUCCUUGUUUUGUAUUUUAUUUUGUGGUACAUUUUUCAUUUUUUUAAGAAAUCCUCUGUAUUUUUCAUUUAUAAAAGUAUUAUCAAAUAUAUGCUGCUACACAGGUGUCAUACACACAUACACAUACAAACGCAAAGAUUCACAACAAUCCACUGAGGCGGAAGUGAAGUCCCUCCCAUUUCUUACAUUAAGUAAACUAAUUAAACUGUACUAUACUGCCUACCAUGAUUAAACAGAAUAUGGCAAUUCUGCAUACCAGCUGCCAAAGCAUACUACUGUCCAGCAACUCAACAGUAAAGAGUGUUACACAAGGCUGAAUGAGCCACUAAACUCUGCAUUGGGCCUUUCUCUGAACUUAGCUAAAUAAAAAAUAUAACUGUGUGUGAUAAGGUCUGUGUUGUAACCACAGCUCACAUUUCUGGUGAGCAUAAGAAGAAGAUUCUGUAGUGUAGUUUAUGUGACAUUAACUUCAUUGGAGAAUGACUUAGUGGGAGGCAUUGCCAUGAGUUUUACCUCAGAUUUCUUAGUAAAGGAGAUGAGGGAACAUCAGAGAAGAGUGGAUUAAGUCUAGCCAACAAGAACCUUUGAAGCUUUCUGACCUACAGGCUGUUCAGGUGUAGCUCUAAGAUGGAUAAUCAAGGAUCCAGCAGUAGGAAGCAGGUGGAUCUCCGAAACUUGCACUUUCCAUUUGCCAUGGAAUUCAGCACCAGCCUGUAACCACCAUCCCUUUCCUAUAUAAAUGAAGUACAUAUCUACCAGCUAUCUGCUAGGUGAAUGUUUUUGAUAUCUGAGGUUUGGGUCCCAGUAUUUGACUGCCCCUGAGAUGGAGAGGGAAGUUAUGUUUACAGGUGAAAGUUUGCUAUCUGCUUGCCAAAAUGUUGUGGUUUUGUUAUGCAGGAUCCUCAUAAAACUGGAAAAGGCCUCUCUUGAGAACACACACAGGCAGAAAUGCUCAGCUGACUGAGAAAUAUUGAGAGCACACAUGUUAUCAGGUGUUUCUCAUUCUCGAACUGGUGAUCCCAUUGUGUCUGAGUACACUUGAGUACCAUCAUUAAGUCAUGCUCUGAUGAAUUGAAAUGUUAAGAUUUAUGAUUACGUAGGAUGGUGGAAUUACAAGGCAGAAAUCACAUGCAUUUUUCAAAGUCACACGUUUGGUAGUUGUCAUCAGUUAGCAAAAAGUCUGAUCUAUGAAAAAAGAUUUUAGAACUUGAGAGUCAUUGAUCAGAAGCUCCAUUUUUCCCAGUAAUAACAGAAAAGUGUAAUUUGCAGUUAUUGGGAAAGAAAAAAGAGAAAUAAAUUUUACCUUCUGUAGCUUCCUGUUCCUGCUUAGUUACCCUCCAGAUUAAGAGUGUGCAAAACUGCCCCACCCCAAGCCCUUUCAUGGAUGUACCUUCCUUUUAUGCAUGAACCCUGAUACAGGAAAGUGAUACGACACCAAAAUGAGCUCACAGUUACAGUAACAGGGCUCUAGUAAAUACUGACACAAAACUGAUGGCUGUUAGCCCAAGACCAGAAAUGGGGAAGAAAGAAACAAGCAAAGUUUUCAGCCAUUAGGAGCUUUCAGCCAAUUAAAAGAAAAAUAGAUAGUAAAGAAUAGGAGUCAUUAGGGGAUCAGAUUAAUGUGAAUGUAGAUUUCUUCCCAGUGGGAGCUGCAACCAGCUGAAGAGUUGUGGUUAUAGCUCCCACAACCUUCUUUUUCUAAUGGACUCUGCUAGCACGUAGCAAAAAUCUUCUGUCUCCCAGCUCCACAGCCAUCAAUGUUUACAGCUUUGACUGAAGUUAGUGUUCAGUAAGUAAUGUCCACAUUUCAACACACAAUCACCACCCUAUGUAGGCACUUUGUUCCUUGACUUCCUUGCUGCCUUAACAGCAAAUGGAGAGAAGCUGCAGUGAGCAACACAGGACUUCUCAAGGGAAAGAGUGCAUGGGUGAGAAAAGCAGAUCUUUAUUUAUAUGUCAUUCUCAUGUUUUUGUCCCUUUUCCAGUGUGCUUCUCUGGUGUGUCCUCUGACUCUGUCCUGGUAAUCUCCAGAGCAGAACAGCAGUGGUAAGGAGAGUUCUUAGAUCUGGCAGGACAUUGCUGGAGAGUUUAGGGCUGCAGAAUAGCUUUUAGCACCCCAGCUUCACACUAGUGACUAGUACAUGGUGUCCCAUUAUCAACGCAGACAACAUAUUUUUUGUAAGGAGAUGUGGUGUUAGGACAGAAUAGCUGAAACUAGAGGCUGUCAUAUUAGUGCUAUUGAUGAUGUUUUGAUACUUGCUGGAAUAUUUUCCCUUCCCUACCCAGUACUGUAUUGUCAUUUAUGUCACUGUUUGUUGUGUGUUUUAAACGACUUCCAUGUGAUGCACUUUACACUGUAAAUAAAGUUGCACCCUGUUUAGUACCUA